GUACGGCAAGCUGACCAAACGGCCAUCGGAAUCGGGGAGGGCGUUUGUCCAACAGGGACAAGUGGAUUCUGGAGAAGUUCUCCUUCAUCUCAAAACAUGGUGCCCAGUCGGGGUGGAGUUCAUCUGAUGUCCAAAAUCUGGGAGAAACAUCCAGAUCGGCUAGCAGACUCCCAGGACAGUAACGAGGAGGAGGAAGAGGGAGUAGACAAAUCUUGAGCCUCAUCACCCGCCAUGUUUGCCGCUAGUGGGGAGACAGCCACUUCAGCCGCCGCCAAGAACGACUCCAAGAGGAAGAGGAAGUCCAGCAGAGAGGACAUCAUCACCUUCCUCCAGCGCUAGGACGAGUGCAUUCAGCAGUCCAGUCAGAUGUAGGAGAAGCUGUCCAUGCACAUAUCAGUGCCCACGGACCCCAGAGUAGCAGAGCGGCACCAGUGGGCACAGUGGUUUGGUGCUGCAAUUCCAGAGAUUGACGACGCCCUGUGGCCCGAGUUCCAGGCGGAGUCUCUACACUUCGUGAACACCUUCAAGCAGGAGCUUCGGGAUUACGAGGCAGCCAAACAUCUCCAGAGUUUUAGCUACUCCUCCUGUCCGGAUGGCUAUUUACCAGCAUGGCAACAGCAAUACCAGCCAUACAAGCCGUACCAGCCUCGUCCUAGUAGCAUGUAUCCUCCUCCAUCUGCUGUCCAGGGCAGAUCGCGUUCAGCACCAGUUUCAGCGUCAGCAACAUCGACAACACUAGCAAAAGCCACCCAGGUGAGAAUCUGCAACCCAUACGCUGUGACAGCUGUAUUACAGAUUCAGCGGGCCCGUUGUUGAUGCUGUGUACUGCGCUGUGAGGUCUGC